CACUCCCUUAGGAGUCAACCAAAGAAGUCUACCAAAGACCGGGGACCUUAACUUUAGAACCAGCACGACUUAGUCUGUAUUACCACGUGCAAACGGCAUUGGAUGUUGAAUAUUGGAGUUCCGCCUAUUUAGAAUAAUGACUAAGAAGGCGAAAAGUGACAUUGCCGAGAGACUGAAGGUGGUGGGUGUAAAAUGCGAUUGGGGGACUGUUUUGGAAAAGGACAAUGAGUUUUCAUCUGUAACCAGUGAUUUAGUUUUUGAAAUAGGAAGGGCUCACUGUGUCUCUUCAAAUGUACAUACAAUAACAGAAGAGUAUGAUUAUGAAAAUUUUGUAAAUAAUUUGGAGAAAUUUCUGUCGGCUUAUGGAUGUCCGUAUGUAGCUCUAACUGAAGGUUCGGUAUCUGAACGAUACUCGUCUGCUGCUAAUCGUGCUUUACUUUUGCAAUAUCUCUGUUCAGAAGUGAUGACUACGAGACAAAUGUCGAAAGUCAAUUCAGGCAAUAAGCAAACUAAUGGAAACCAUUCAAUGGAAGUCGAAACAUCCGAAGAUCUGGAAAUUUUGACAUGGAUGCACAGGGCAUUUGUAGCUCUUGGUUUGACAAUUCCUCCGGAUGGUACUGCAUCUUCCUUAAUAUAUUCUAGUUUUCAAAAAGGUAUAUCAGAUAGUCUUUCACGAUGUCCACCUAAUCAUAUGGGUAAAUCGGUCAUUCCGCUGACUGGUAUUAGUGACCGACAGUGGUCGCAGAUAAGUCGCAUUGCUGCCUUGCUUCAACAGCAGUAUGCCAGUCGUCAGUCUACUCUGUUGAAACGUUUAGAUGUUACAGUGCAAAGUUUUAAAUGGUCGGAUAAAGCAAAGUCUAAUUUAGACAAUAUCACUGCUGUAUAUAACCCAAUUAGAGGAAAAAUGGGACAGAUUCCCUAUCCUGGCAUUCCGGAAGUUUUGGCUGUACGAGAUAAUAUGAUAUUACGGAUUGAAAAGACGAGUGGUGCCAGUUCACGUCGUUACACAUCAUGUGACCUAAAUAAGAUUUUGAUUGGCAGAGUUCCUGAUCGAGGUGGUAGAGCAUGGGAAUUAGAACCUCCCCCACCUGAAAUGCCGGCCUUCAAACAACGCCAACCAGACAGUGGUGGCGGUGGACAGAGAGGUGGACGUGGCGGCGGUGGUUUCGGUGAUAAUCCUGGAGGUCAUCGUGGUGGCUAUGGAGAUCGUGGCAGAGGUCGUGGAGAUGGAGGAUAUGGAGGCGGUGGUUAUGGUCGUGGUGGAAUUGGAAAUGAAAGAAGAAGUGAUAUUGGUAAUAGUGGGAGAGGUGGCAGUGGUGGCUUUACUCAGGGAUAUCAAAUGCAUGGUCAACCGACACCGUAUAUGGGUGGUGGUGGUGGCGGCGGCGGUUAUAUUGCAGAUCCUUAUCAAAUGGCUGUGACGAACCAACAGAUGAGCGGGUUGACGUUAUUUGAACCUGGAUUGUCAGUUGGUCCACAGCAGAAUUUUGUCUUUCAAGUAAGGGAUCACAAUAUUGUUUUAUCAUCCUCCAUUCACUAUAGUUUGGUUGAUUUGUCAAAUUGUUUCUGCUUUCCUACUCAUGAGAAUGUUAAACCUGUUUGCGAAGCGGAAGAAUGUGACGCUUAUCUAUCAGUGUCUGUUUAAUUGGAACUUUUAAAUUCCUUGUUGUUUGUUGAUUUCACUGAAUGGGAAUGCUUCUUCUCUUUUGCCACAUCGGUUUUAUAGUCUAGACUCUUCAAUGAUGAAUGGAAGUUAACUUAUUGUUAUGGUUAUUCCAAUCCAGCUGGGAACACCGUCACUCAUUAGCAUUCUGGUACACUCAGCUGAAUAGUCCAACGAGAAACACGUGUCCCAAAUUCCACUGCUAGCCACCACCAACUGAACAGCUUAUCAUCCUUAUAAUUCAAUUAACAAAGUGCAUCGGUGGCACAGUGGUUAAGACUCUCGCCGAUUAUGCACAUGGUCCGAGGUUCGAUCCUCUGCCGACUCACACCUGAUAUCUAUGGUCGGCCUGCGAAAUUUGGUCUACCGAUAUCCAUGCUGAAGAUUCCAUACUUGUACCAAAAAUACAGUGUGGAGUCAAGCUGUAAUAAAAAAAAAGUGCUCCGUUAUGGAUAAGAUUUUUAUUUUUUGGUGAGGAGACUAAUUGAUCACUAUCUCAUUAUGAUGAAUUCUCAAGACGAAUUUUUCAUCUAUUUGGGCGGGGGUGGGGGAGGGCACGAUAUUUUUUAAAAUUCAAUUUUAAACCCACCCAAUAUACAUAUCAACUUUUCUAUUAGUUAAAGUAGGGAAAUAAAUUAAUUUUGGACUUCUUGCUGACUAAUACGUUAUGACAGAUGCAGAGGCUAAUAUUUUAAUGCUUAUGAAGAGAUAUCAUCUACAUUCACCUUUAAGGUCUCAGUUCUUUUUGUCUGUAUACGAUGCAGCAGCUGUUGUAAGCACUUAGUAUUGCCAGGUCCUGUGUUCAUAUUCUUUUCUUCUGUCCUCUUCGCCGCCUGAUUAUUAAUGUGUUGUACCUAAUAUAAAGGUGUCGAAUAGUUUAAACAGAACAUCUUGUACUGUGUAAAUUAUCUUUGUACUGUACACUACACUACAGUGGUGUACUCCGUUGUUUUGAAUUGUAAUUUUUGUAAACCAGACUAACGAUAUGUCAUAGCGGUAGCAGUAUUUCAGUUGACAGGCUGCUUUGGACAUGGGAAGUGAUACAUGUUUACUGUUAAAAAUCGAUAAAAGUUAUCGGCAUUUCCUAUUCUCUAUAAAAGUCGAACCUACAUUAUCACUCGACGAUGAAUUCAGUAAACUUACCAUUAAGGCAUUCAAAUCACGUUGAUUACCAUUUGGUAGCCAUCUAAGAUUGGUAUAAAUAACAAACUAACAGAAGAGAACAACACAGGUAUAGUCGGCAUUAUAGAAUGAAGAGAAUACCACUGAUCGGUUAAAAUUGCUAAUUGUUCAGUGUAAACAGGGCUUUCGAGUUGGACCUGCGAUACAUUUUUCAUACUAUGAUUUAGUUGACAUGGGUUAGAAAAACAUCUCAAGUCGACUAAAUUCUGCUUCUCUUUUUUGGUUUUCAAAUUCCCUUAUCAGAUCACUCUUGGUAUUAGGUAAUGUUUGCGAAUCAGUGACAGUUCCGUUGAACUGGUUUGAUGAACGAUUACCAUUCUUUGCAAGAAAGGAGACACAAGUCUUCAGGUGACAAGCAUUGGGGGCAGGAAGGGUGUGAGCCUGAAUAAUAUAGUAUCUAAAGUUCUAGGCUUCCAAGUCAUGCAUAGACUGAAUGAUGCUAGGUAGAGAAAUAUAUAGGUGAACGUAUUGUUUAUCUAUCAUGUAGUCUAGUCUAAAUGAUAACGGUAGUCUUUGGUUAGUAACACACCUAGAAGAUGGUACACUCGACUUAAAUCUUUUCCUAGAUGAAAACUUGAUUCUAGGUUUCUGUUCUCAGAUUGACUGACUAAGGAAUCAGCACAGAAAUCGUCUAUGACAUCAGCUGACUUCAUAGACCUAACAGUUUACUCUCUCUCUCUCCCUCUCUCUGAUAUACUAUAACUUAUCACAACUACUUGUUUUUCACUCUGAUACUUUUUAAUUAUCAGCCAGGAAAACAGAAGAAUGGCUCAUAAGGUGUCAUCAAGUGGACAAUUUCCACCAUUCUUAUCACUAAGACUCCUUAAUCAUUGAAUUCCAACGUCUUCAUCGUUGAAUGUGUACCACUUUAAGUGGUUCAAACUGACAGAAAAUCACUUGAUAUAUUCGUGCCAUGUUUUUGUCUGGUCAUAUUUAACACUUCCAAGCAAAUCCUACUCCGAAUGACACUGUUUACUGGCAAAGACAUUAGCUUGUAGUGCGUUAUAUGCAUCCUGUCCACUAACCUUGUUCGCAGAACAUGUAUGUAAAAAGUACCAUUUCAGUAGGUGUGAUUACAAAAAAUAACUUUGCCAACUUUAGUAGUGCUAGCUAACAUCAGUAAGUUUUACUGCUGACAAUAAUAGUCUCACGUUAUAAUAGUUUAGCAGCGAUAGAAGAAUGUUAGCUAACUGAAUGAUAUUUAAUUAGCGUUGUUCGAGUUCAUUCAUUUUCGAGAAAUAAGUCUCAAUAAAUAACGAGGCUAUAAAUGACCAUUUCUUCUUAUCUACCGCUGCUUUUGUGGAAUAUUUUUGUGCUUCUUUUCUUAGUCAGCUAAUCACAUUCUCAUCCCUAAGAGCUGUAGAUAAUUAAGCUGUGUAUUCUUCAUUGUAAUUUAUAACAGUACGAAGAUAAUUAUAAUUUUAUUGUUAUUAUUAUUAUUGUUUCUUUUAAUUCCUAGAGGAACAUUUGGCUUCACCCGCACGUCUCCAUUGCGUUCGGCUCUCUGCCAACGUUUUCACCUUACUCCAUGUCUGCCCACUUGCUUUCAUCUCCUCUUCACAUGAGCUCCCCCAUGUCACUCUCGAAAUGACGACCAACUCGGCGCUUCCCGUUCAAAGUUUAUUCGAGCAAUUGCCCGGCGUGUGAUCACUUGAUAAUUUCCUUAGAGUUAUGACCAAUCCACCUCCAUUUCUUCGUGCCUAUUUGUUGCACGAUUGUUUCCUGCUGGGUUCGUUUGCUCCCAGAGAUCCAUGUUGCUGAUCUUAUCUGGCCAUCCGAUUUUGAGCGAAGACAGCUGAUGAUGAAAGUCUGUAGUUUGUCCAAAGUGCCCUUCGUGACACGCUGGCCAAGUCUCCUAUCCAUGUAGUAGUACUGACUGAAUUCAUAUUGGAGUUUACAAUCCGGAUCUUACUUUUCAUGCUGAAUGCUGAUGACCUCCACACAGACUUGAGAGAAAUGAAAGCUUGACUUGCUUUCCCGAUCCUCGCAUUGAUAUACUUGUCACUUCCAUCUGCCUGUGGUUGAAACGAUGCCUCCCAUGUAAGUAAAGGAUAUUGUUUAUUAGUGACUUCUAAUAAACAUUCAGACAGGUAUUCGAAUAUAAAGAGUUGGCUAAGAAAUGUGUUUUAGAUGUCUUGCCAUUGCUUUCCUCAACCGGCAGUGUUCGCUGACAUAGGAUCAUGUUUUUAAAGAGUUAAUAGUGGUGGUGGUCAACUUGGAACAUAGAAUCAGUCAAUGAAGUCUUUAACAGUUAGUUUGAACCAAGUAAGCAGGUAUGGACUGCCUGGUUGAGGUCUCCGGGAUUUUAAGAAGCAAUGGUUGGAGAUAACCGUUGAUGAUAUGGCUCAAAAUCGUCCUUGUCAAUGGCACAGAUUCAUUCUCUCUGCUAUAGCCACUAAACCCGCAUGUUUUUCCGUGUUUCUGUUAUUUCUCCCUCAAUUUUCUGCUCAUUAAAGUCAUUUUGGAUUUCUUUUUUCUCUUCUUUGUCUCUGCUUUUGUGUGCUACAUGAAGUGUGACAAAUUAUAAUGCUUCACUUCCGUACAAAGGUCUCUGUUGUAACGGAGUCAGUCACUAGCACAUAAAACUUCACAUGAAAGUGCACUGCGUUUAUAAAACGUUAUAUAUUAUUAGCUUUAUCCGAUCCCUCGACUUCUAAUUGAAUUACUUUACUCAUGAAUAAUUUACUUUGUUUUUCUAAGCAAAUUUUUUUUAUUUUCCUUUGAAGCCUACAAGCGGAUAUGUCUCCGGUGAUAACAAUUACAGUAGAGGUCAACGAGGGGGACGUGGAACUGGAGGCGGCAAUCGUGGGAGUCGCGGAAGACCUUAUUAAAUGCUGUUAUCUCUUUCCUAGUUUCAUCAUUAACUUAUACCGCUUCUUUGCUUUACCUCAUUGUUAAUGUGAUAGCCGUGUUAUGUUAUGGGCUUGUUUUUUGAAAUCUGUUUUUUCUUCUUCCUAUUUGACGAAAAAUUGUUCCUUUUCUUUUAUAUUAAAUUGCUGACAACAAUAAAAAUUUUAUGGAUGG